UUUUUUUUAACUGUUUUUGUGUAAUCACCGGUUUUGAAUUUUGUUCGGCAUUGUUAAUUCUCCCUACAGUGACGGUCGUCUUUUGUGUACCUGUGGGCUGUGAUUGUUUUAAUAUUAUAGAAGUGUUCAAAUGAUUUAAUUGUGCAAAAAUCAAAAUGUUUGGAUUGUCUAAAGAUUUUAAAUCGGAAAAAAUCAUUGUGAAAAUUCAUAAUACAAAAUCCAAACAUUCUGGUGAUUCUCCUCCUAUGUCACGUAAGAAACGUCAUAGCAGUAUUAAUAUGAAUAAUGGUAGUUCAGAUGAGCGAAAAUUGUAUAAAUAUGAAUAUGAGCAUUGUAGAGGUAGAGGUCGAACGCCAUCUAGAUCAUCUAGUCAUUCUAAACUUGACAAAUUUCACCGAUCUAGGGAUUUGGAUCGUUCGCGUCACACUUAUAAAGUUUUGCGUAUAAAUCCUUUACAUCCAAAUGCAAGUGACCAACAAGUCAAAGAAAUUUUGUAUCGAGAAUACCACAAGUUUGGUGAAUUUUCAGUUAAAAUAUCAUAUGAAGAAAAUAAAAGAUUGGCAUAUGUGUGUUUUAGAAGGUCAAAUGAUGCUAGAGAUGCCAAACACAGUAAACGCAUGAUAAAUAUAUUUGAUAGUAUAAGUUUAGUUACACCUGUUUAUGAAAGUUCUAGUUCUAGAGAUUAUUAUGAAUCAAAAGCUAGACAUUUUCAAUACAGAAAUUUUUCUACAGAAAGAGACUACCCAACUUUUACUGAUAUUCGUGGAUCACUUUCAACUGAUAGGUUUUAUGAAAUGUUACCAUAUGGUGCUCUUCCUUCCAUGCGACCAUCUAAAUUCUAUCGAGAAAUAAGUUUGCCACUGUUACAUCCCCCAGAACUUAUGUUACAUCAACAACCAUUAUUACAUCAUCCGGCACAUAUUCCUCAUCAUUUAGAGUCAAUUCAACCGUUCUAUGGACUACCAACACAUUGUUUGCCAUCGUAUACACCAUCCCCUCGUUCUUGUUUAACGCAUGACAAAAAAGAUAAAUUUCCAAACUAUUUACAUCAUAUUCAACCAGAAGAUGAUCCAUUAGCUACACGUACAUUGUUUGCUGGAAAUUUAGAAAUUACUAUUAAGGAUGAAGAACUGCAAUGUAUAUUUGGUAAAUAUGGAGUUGUAGAAGAUAUUGAUGUUAAACGACCAUUGGUGGGUACAGGAACUCCAUAUGCAUUUGUUCGUUAUCAAAAUUUAGAUAUGGCCCAUAAAGCCAAAGUCGAAUUAUCUGGCAAAUAUAUAGGAAAAUAUGAAUGUAAAAUUGGCUAUGGAAAACCUAUACCAACACAACGGAUAUGGGUUGGUGGUUUGAGUCCUCGUACAUCACUUGCUCAACUAGAACAAGAAUUUGAUAGAUUUGGUGUUAUUAAAAGAAUUGAGUAUGACUACGGUGACACUUGUGCCCAUAUACUAUUUAAAAGCAUUGAUGCUGCAAUUGCAGCUGUCAAAGGUAUGAGGGGAGUACCUUUAAGAGGAUCAACACGCAGACUAAGAACAGAUUUCGCUAAUAGAUAUGCGUGGGACAGUCCUACACUAACUUCUUCAUCAAAUUCUAAGUCAUGUCAAGAUGAUUCUGCUGAAGAUUCGCAAGAAUUAACAAAACAAGAUGAAUAUCCCUUUGGUGGGUCAGAUGAUGAUAUAAAAAGUUAUCCUGAAGAUGAUCAUGUGAAUAUUUAUGAAUCAUCAAUCAAACAAGAACAAUAUUCUGAUUCUGAUAAUAGUCCUCCUCAAUCACCAUUUCACUAUUCUUUUAAUACUAAUGUAAACUUUAAUGAAGAAGCAAUACAAUCUGUAUGUCCUUUGGAUUCUAUUUUUACACUAGAGGAUUUUGUUCUUAAAUGUACUGAUGUAUGGGAUGGUAGAUUUGUAAUGUGCAACUUUCAAUACCUAACUUCUUGUCAUUUAAUUUUUGGUGAUAUUAAUAUUUUUAAAACAGUAAUGAAAAAUAACAGUGAACCAAUAUUACACAUAAAUAGACAUUUGCGUUUACGUGAGGCACUAUUAAAAGUCAUUUCUAGACCUGAAAAAACUGCUGAUAUGCUUGCUAUGUUUUUAGCAAUACCUUGUACUAAUGACUCGAUUUCCAGCAAUGAUGCAUCAAUAAAUAUUCAACCGUUUCAUAAUUUAAUAUUCUUACAUAAACAAAAAAUGGCUAUUGGGUUAUCAUUAGAAAGUAUUGAUCACGAAGGUAAUGUAUUAUGUGUAUUUCCUCCAUGUGAGUAUUCAACCAAAUUAUUGAAACGAAGUGCAAAGAAUUUAAAUAGUGAAACAUUAAAAUAUGAUAAUUAUUUGGUUAUAUUAGUAGUCAGUAUGAACUUUUUUAUGUCCAAUUAA